CCGUCGUCGGGAAUCGAGACGCAGGGCCCACCGGGUAACCGCCGAGCAACAAACUCGGAAGUCGGAAGCCACCCCCUCCCCCCCGUCUACAAAUAUCCACCGCGCCAAUGCCCAGGCCUCCAAUCGCGCACACCACAAUCCAAGAGCCACGCUAGAGAGAGAGCAAGAAAGCCAGAGCAGGCAGCAAGAAGCAUGAGAAAGGGGCAGGGAAGCGAAGGCGGCAUGGCGUCCGACGACCUCAGCCUCGGGAGGGCCUUCGCCGUCCUGCUCGGCGUCUCCUCCCCCGUGAUCAUCGUCGUGGGCUACAGGGCCUACCGCACGGGCCGCCUCGCGAGGGGGUGGCGGCGGCUGCGCGUCUGGGCGCUCGGCGGCGUCACGACCCUGGAGGAGGCGCUGGGCUACAGCUGCGCCAUGUGCAGCGGGAGCUUCGACGCCCGCGAGGAGGUCCGCACGCUCUCCUGCGACCAUGUGUUCCACCGCUGCAAGAGCGACAAGUGCAAGCACGUCAUCGACGACUGGCUCCGCGAGAACCGCGUGGCCUGCCCGGUCUGCUGCAAGGUCGCUCUCCCCGUGCUGCCGUGGAAGGCGCCGCCGGCAUCGGCGCCGUCGGCGUCGGAUUUGGAGGAUCCGCUAAUGCGGCAGGCGUCAUCACCAUCAGCUUCGUCUUCGGGGUCGGAGGAGCAGCCACUGCCGCUUUCGACGAUGGCGUCGGGGGAGGAGCCACCGCUGUCGUCGCCGGUGUGGGAGGAGUCACGGCCACAGUCAUCGCCGUAGACACGCAUGAUCGGGCUUGGAUGGAACGGUGCUGGGUGUAAUAGCGUCUUGUCGAGCGGUCUGGAUCAGUUCUUGAAGGAUUCUUUCGUCGUUUUUGUUUCUGCAUUCUUGGAACGGAUCGAAGGGUAGUGCCUCUUGUCUGAUGGUCUGGAUCAGUUCUUGAAGGCUUCCUUAGUUGUUUGUCUUUUGCUUUCUUGGAACUGAUUAAGCUUAG